AUGUCUAAUAAACAAACAACAACCUCAUCAGAAUGCCCUAUGCAUAAAAAAAAUUCAGAUCCAUCUUCUUCACAAAAAUCUAAAUGUCCUAAUUCAUCCGAAUCUAAUUCUGAAAAAACUUGUCCGAUAGUUCAUUCAGGAGAUGCACUUUCUCCAGAUAAUCAAAUGCCAAAGCUUAGCCAAUUUCCAAUGCCAGGUCAAAAAAUUCCACUUCCAACGUCAAGAGUUAUUUCUUCUAUUCCUAAAGCACGCAGUUCUGAUAAUUGGGAAUAUCCUUCUCCACAACAAUUUUAUAAUGCGUUAGUUCGUAAAGGAUGGGAUACUCCUGAAGAAAGUGUUGAAACCAUGGUAGAUAUACAUAAUUUUUUAAACGAGGAAGCUUGGAAUGAAAUUCUUAAAUGGGAACGAAUGAAAAAAUG